AUGGCCGCACCGGCGGCCGCCUCGCUAGUCGCACGCGUCUCCCUCCCGCCGCGCCUUCGCCCAACCGCUGCUUCUCCCCUUGGCCCCUCUGUCCACGGUCCCCGCAGCCGCCGUCGGCACCUCCGUUUCCGCCGUUCACCAUCAUCGUCGGCGGGGACUGCGGCCGCGAGCUCCCCAUCCGUGCCCUCCUCUUCCCCGGAGCCAGGGUCAGGUAUUGGCGAUGCUCUCGGUGACGUCGAAAUCAACUCCGCGGCCACCGGCGAGCCCGUCCUGUUCAGAGACCUGUGGGAUCAGAACGAGGGAGUGGCUGUUGUUGCGCUGCUGAGGCAUUUUGGGUGCCCUUGUUGCUGGGAGUUCGCCUCUGUUCUUAGGGACACAAAAGAGAGAUUUGAUUCUGCUGGAGUAAAACUGAUUGCUGUUGGUGUUGGCACUCCAGCUAAAGCCCGUAUUCUUGCUGAGCGCUUACCCUUUCCGUUGGAAUACCUCUAUGCAGAUUCUGAUCGGAAGGCGUAUAAUCUCUUGGGUCUAUAUUUUGGUGUUGGUCGCACAUUCUUCAAUCCGGCCAGUGCGAAAGUGCUUUCACGGUUUGACUCCCUUAAGGAGGCGGUGAAGAAUUAUACAAUCGAAGCCACCCCAGAUGAUAGGGCAGGUGUCCUACAACAGGGGGGAAUGUUUGUGUUCAAAGGUAAAGAACUGUUGUAUGCAAGGAAAGAUGAGGGCACAGGCGACCAUGCACCUUUGGAUGAUGUGCUCAAUAUUUGCUGCAAAGUUCCUGUAACCUAA